AUGCGAUCUCCCACUGCUGCUGAUCAACACUCAAAAGAGGGGGUGGUGGUUGGGGAGGGGGGUGCAGCCCCUCCGAUCCCCCUCACCGAACACCCCGCAGACUCCGCAGCCGCCCUGGCUGUAAAUAGCGCCCAGUAUAUUUUUGGGGAGUUCAGCCCUGAUGAGUUUAAUCAGUUCUUUGUGACUCCACGGUGUUCUGUUGAGCUUCCCCCUUACAAUGAAACAGUUUCAUGUGGUAUUAAAUCCACAGGGGAAGAGUAUCAGAGAAUUGAAUUUGGUGUUAAUGAAGUUAUUGAGACAGAGUCAUCUGUACUAAAUAACACUGACUACAGUAUUUCAAGCACUCUGAAUCCUCAGGCUCCAGAAUUUAUUCUCAGUUGUGCACCUACUCAGAAAGCCCCCGAUGACAGUCUUAGUGAAACCAACUACAACUCCAUUGACUGCCAGUUCUCAGAUCCAGCCCUCGCUUUGGACAGCAGUUCUAAUGCUGAAAAUGAUGGCUUGUCUGGAGGCCUUGGGCAAAGGGAGCGUAAAAAGAAGAAAAAAAGACCCCCUGGAUACUACAGUUACUUGGAAGACGUCGGCGAUGGCCUUGCUCCCCCCGAAGCUCUUGUGAAUGGCCACGCAAACUCAUCGGGACUGAACAGUAUAAGCGCGGAGGAUGCAGAUCUCGCGGGAGAGGGACCGUCCCUGGCCACACCGAGGACUUGUAACAGCCCUGACAAUUCUGUAGACUUCGUUAAUGAAGCUGUCUCUGAUGACUCUGUUUCUAGCGCGCUAGACAAUGCCAGGACUGCAGGGCAGCCUGAGGUAUGCAGUGUUACUAAUUCUGAACAGUUUUGCAUCCCCUCAGAGACUGGCAGAGAUAGCCCUUUAAGGACAGCUGUUGUACAGUCUUAUGCUGGUACUGAUACUACUGAAAACCUUGGCGUUACUAAUGGACAAACACUUGAAUCCUCUGGUGAGGACACAGCUGCCAAUGGGGUAGAAUUGCACACUGUGGAAAGCACUGACUCAGACCAAGCGAAGCCCGAGGAAGCUUCACCUACUACUGAGACAACAGUCCCGGUUGCAGGAUCAGGCCCUGUUAAUCAGCCUACAAAAUCGUGGGCUAGUCUUUUUCACAAUUCCAAGCCCUCUGCUUCCACAUCCGUGGUCUAUGUUGAGACUAAGUAUACCCCUCCCGCCACCUCUCCUCUGGUCCCUGAAAAGCAGGUUGAAGUCAAAGAGGGGCCUGUUCCAGUUUCAGAGGAUCCUGUAGCCAUAAAGAUUGCAGGUAUAGUUAACACACACGAGUGGAUGUUACAGUAGAAGGGGA